AUGCCCCGCCUGACCGCCGCAUUCCUGUCCAGGCGCUCCAGAGCUGAAGCACCCCCUCAAGAACUGACGGACAAGAUCGUGACCGCCGUCGGCGUCGUGACGGAGACGAUCAACAACAAAACGCCCAUCGCGAGCUCCGCGACUUGGGCGUGCCGCAGCCUGUACACCGUAUUCAUGGUUUUGUGCCUCAGCGGGCGGCUGCAGGGCACUCGUUUCCACGCGAUGCAGAUUGCGCGACAGUUCAGGAAGGGCGCCGUCCUGCUUCAGGUGCCAGACGAGCACGUGAGAGGGCCAGUGGUGAACGCAGGGGUGCUCGGCCACUGGGCGCUACGGGCUCUGCCCGUCCCGCUUGGUGCCUACCCAUCUAGCUAUACCGCCCCCAUCUACCGCACUCGUGGCUGGCAUGCUGGGCGCGUCAGGCGCUCCAGAGCUGAAGCACUUCCUCAAGAACUGACGGACAAGAUCGUGACCGCCGUCGGCGUCGCGACGGAGACGAUCAACAACAAGACGCCCAUCGCGAGCUCCGCGACUUGGGCGUGCCGCAGCCUGCACAUCGUAUUCAUGUUAUUGUGCCUCAGCGGGCGGCCGCCUGGCACUCGUUUCCACGCGACGCAGACUGCGCGACAGUUCAGGCCGCAUGCGAUGCAGUCGGCCGCCAUGUAUACCCAGAUUUGCCCAACGAGGCUGUUGGAGUGUUUCCAUUAUUCCCACCGCCGCCUGGCGACCUUGGCGAGGCUCUUGGCCCGCCCGACAGGCUACGGUUGGACCAUGGCGAUAUCGUUCCAGCUGGUUCGCGUCUCUGUCUCUGGAUCGGCUACCCUGAGCAGCCAAUCGCGAGGCCUCACCCAGCACAGCCCUUCUUUACUUGCCCUCACGGGGCUCUUUGGCUGGGAUGAGGCGGUCCCCUCCGUGAUCACUAGAGACAUGCCGGUGGGGAGGGUGAGGUCCGUGAUGAAUUUGCCGUGCUCCACGCACUCCAGGAGAGGGCUCGACUGGCGGCACAACAUCUUCGAUGCCGAGACGUCGGUGCUCAAGGUCUCCAGAGACGUGCUCCGGAUGCAGCAGACGCGGCGGCAAGCCGUCGUGACCACCACGGACGUCGGGGUGGGGGCAAUCAUGGACGGUCGGGUCAACGCCACCGACCCAGUGAAGGUGAUUAUGGAGUCACCAAUAGAAAGCAGCUACAACCCCGUCGUGCACAGCUUCGAUGCUGCUGUCGUUUUUAUGGACGCCUCUGGCUUUACGUCCUUGACCGAGAAGCUAGCUCUGCAGAGCAAUGGCGCAGAGGAGAUCGGCAAGUGCAUCAAUAGCUUUUUCACCCCAUUGAUAGCGCUGGACGGGCAGCGUGCGCCCUGCGCGGCGCUCGCGGGGCUCGUGGCCCAGGCCUCCCACGAGUCGUGCUCUGGCAUUGGCGGCGUGGGCCCCACAGGGCCCUCGGCACCCUGUGACAAGACCUCAGCCGUGUGCCGCCUUCUGGUCUUCGGCGUACGGCCAGAGCUCGGAGGCGGCAGCGAGAGCGGGACCACGGCGAAGUGGUCCCCGGACGCGGCCACCGCGGUCGCCGCGGCUUGCAGGUGUUGCUUGGAGGUGCAGUCCCAGGUCGGCAGCUUCGGGAGCACCCCGGUCGAGGGUCUCUCGCUCACGCUCCACAUCGGCGUGGGGGUCGGGCCGCUGAACUUGCUGCAGCUGGGGGGCCUCAUGAACCGCUGGGAGUACUGCGCCGCCGGGCCUCCGCUGGAGGAGGUGGCCGUGGCUGAGCCGCUGGCCAAGUCUGGCGAGACGGUCGUCAGCCCCUCCGUGGUGGAGACCCUGCGGGCGGCAGAGCUGCACGGCGAGUUCGCCUUCCGAGAGGUCCCCGAGGCCCCCGGGUACCAGGCCCUGGCCAGCCGCGACGUCGCCGUGGGGAGGCCCCCCGGGGCGGUCCUCUCGCCCUCGAGGGACUACGGCAGCUCCUCUCUGACCAUGUCCUCCCUCCUGCGCCCGACCGCGACGACCGCCAGCCCCACGCUGGCGCCCCUGGACCUGAGCAUGGUCGAGCGCUACUUUCCCAGGACGAUCCUGAGAAUGGUCACAGGAGACCUCAUGUCCGACGAGAUGCGGCGGGCUUCGAUCGUGUUCCUGUCCAUUGGCAAGCUCGAUCCUGGGCGGGGAGCAGCAGACGCGAAGCGCAUGCAGGGCAUACUGGUUCUAGCUUGCUUCGGCCUACCGCCGCUCAAUCACUACACCGACGACCCACUGAGGGCUGUCCUGGCAGCGGCGCGCUUCAUCGACACGCUGCGGGAAGAGGAUCUCACGGGCAGGGCGGGCGUCGCGACCGGGACGUGUUGGUGCGGGAUCGUUGGUAGCGCGCUUCGGCGCGAGUACACGGUGCCCGCCGUCUUCGUCGCCGUCAUAUUGCUCCGCCCUCCGAACGCCUGGGAUGUGUGCCUGCGAGGCUGCGCGGUCACAAGCGAGCUCCCUCCGCUGGCCGCCGCGAUGUGUUCGCCCGGGGCCGUGCCGCAGGCGCGGCCUGCGGAGCUGGCCAGAACGGAGGCCGGCCUCGAGCGGAUGCUGGUCGAGGGCGGGGCGAACACGUGCAGAGUCGACGAGUCCACGCGGGACGCUUGCAAGCACAUUCUCAAGUUCAGCGCACCGCGGACCAUCUCCUUGAAGGGUAAGGCGAACCCGCUGUCGUUCUACAUGUUCGACGGGAAUCGUGUGAACGAGCACUUGGCCCCAUAUCAAGGCAGCUUCGUUUCCAAGGGCGUGCUGAAGCAGCUCGAUUCUACGCUGAUGAAUUGGCAGGGCUGGCCGGCGAAGUCGGUCGUUUUCGACGCUUUGGAGGAGCAGAUAGAUCGCCCAAUUGGCCCGUGUGGCGUCAUCUUCACGAAGGGCCAGGCAGGAUGUGGAAAAACUGAGGUGGCUGCGCACAUCAGGACUUGGGCGAGAUCCCGGGGCUGCACGCUAUUCAGCGGUCAAAACAUGAAUGUCGCGGCCACGUUCGCUGUGCAGCUGCAGUGUUGGGUGGAAGUGUUCAAGGAGCUCAUGGCCACAGCAGCCGCGGAUCCAUAUUGGCUCGAUCGGUUGGAGCAGGGUGGCAUGACCCCUGGCGAUCUCCUGGACUCGUCAGCCUCCAAGUGGAACUUGUUGACCACAAUGCUCCUGGAUGGUGGUGCGGAUGAAGAUCUAAUGGCAUGGGCACCGAUGAUGAGUAUUGUCUUGAGCAGCUUAGAUUUCGGAACGAAGGAGGUGCAGGCGAUGCUAGAACGAGAUGAGCAGCAUAGCAACGGCAGAUCGCGACUGGGCGAGCUGUGCGCCAAGCUAAUCGACAGUUUCGCAUCAUUCGGCUCAAACAGAGCCGGAACUGUAAUACUAUUGCACAUCAAGGAAUCUACUUCGUUCUACCAAUCGAAUGAUUAUCAUUCUGGCCGCAUUGUUGAAGCUGUGUCUCAGCUCUGCGUCGAUAAGCGGCACGAGCCGAACGCCCGACCACUGAUCUUUUGUGUCGUUUCGCGCAGCGACGGCGUGGGCAGCGGCAGGAUCAUCGAUAAGGCGCGAGCUUGCAACGGUUACGUGGAGAUCGAGGACCUGAACGCCGAACAGACCGGCGCUUUCUUGAGCGAGAGCUUGCAGAAUCGAGGGUUGCGUAGGGAGCUCGUCGAUUACGUGUACAGGACCUCCGGCGGCAACCCCUUCGCCAUAAGGGCCCUGUGCGAGUCCAUGAAGGAGCAGACAGGGCACCUCGAGGCCACGGCGGGCAGCAAGGUGGAGCCCUACGACGCCGUGCUGCCCCGGCCCGCCGCGGCGGGCGCCGCGCCCCUGAGCGACGAGGAGCACCUGUCCGUCGGCGACCCGGUGCGCAUCGAGGGCACCGCGACCGGAGGCUCCCCGGCCGAGUUCUCCCGCGGAAAGGUCGUGGCCUUCAACCCGAUGACCUGCCGCUACCUCGUCCAGGUCGAGGGGGAGUCCACCACCCGCGACUUCCAUGGCGCGAGCCUGAGGCCUCUGCCGGGCGCCGCGCCCUUCACGCCGCUGGGGUAGAUCUGGACCUCAGGAUCUGCCGCUAGGGGGCGCGCCCCCCGGGCACGGCCGCCGGAGUGGUGUGCAGAACGUGGGCAGAGUGGCAAUUGCUUUCUUUCCGCGCCGACGCACAGCCCGUGUGCUGCCCAGUGUUUCACCGCGCCUGUAGGGCUGGGGCCUGCAAACUGCAUCGGCCUCUGCGCAUUAGCGCCCGCUUCCUGCAAAAGCACCCCCGCGAUGCGAACCUCCCAGGCGCUGCCCCUCGGCCGCGGGCGCCCUGGCACCUCCGCACCCAUCGGUCCCCCGCGCGCGGGUGCCCGGCGCCCCCCCGUGGCGCGGCCGAGGCUGCGGGGGAGGCGGUGCCCCAGAGGGGGAGCCGCGGAGGAGAGCGCCGCUCGGGA